AUGACAGAUGAUCUUUUCAAAGCAGCUCAACGUGGUGACUUAGAUUACUUUAAAAACCCAGAAAUUCCGCUGAAUACGUCGUACGAAAAAUCAGGAGACACUGCCCUGCACAUUGCUGCAAGAUGUGGCCAUGCGGCUCUCGUGGAGCACCUGUUACUCUCCGGUGCCGAUGUGGAAAAAUCCAACCUUGACGGCAAGCGACCCUUACACGAGGCCGCUCAAGCGAGUCAACUGGAAUGCGUCCAGAUAUUACUCCAGUUCGGGGCACAGGUGGACAGCCUAAAGAGGGCUGAUUGGACACCUCUAAUGCUGGCCUGCACAAAGGACAGUUUUGAGGUUGUCCAACAACUUCUGAAGUCUGGUGCGAAUGUAUCGCUGAAGAACAAAGAUGGAUGGACCCCAUUCCACAUUGCAUGCAGGGAAGGACACCUGGAUAUUGUACGCCUUCUCUAUGAUCAUAACAACACUGUGAUGAACACUGCCAGCAAGAAUGGGAGGACCCCGCUACAUACAGCAGGUCAAUAA